CCCAAUCUCCAUCAUUGCCGAUCGAGCCUUGAAGCCUUGAUUAAUCAGCCGAGAUUAGAUCGAUCAAGGAGCUAGCUUCCUGGAUAUGGCAGUGGGAGAGGGCAAGGUGAGUCCGGAUGCCAUCGACAACGAAGUUAUCAGCAACGGCAGCACCAAGGACUACCUCGACCUUGCUCCGGUGCCGCUGGUGGAUGCCGCCGAGCUGGGCAAGUGGUCGCUCUACCGCGCCGUCAUCGCCGAGUUCACCGCCACGCUGAUCUUCGUCUACGUCGCCGUCGCCACCGUGGUCGGCCACAAGCGCCAGACCGACGCCCAAGCGUGCAGCGGCGCCGGCGUGCUGGGCAUCGCGUGGGCCUUCGGCGGCAUGAUUGCCGUCCUCGUCUACUGCACCGCCGGCAUCUCCGGCGGCCACAUCAACCCCGCGGUGACGUUCGGGCUGCUGCUGGCGCGCAAGGUGUCCCUUCCAAGGGCCUUUCUGUACAUGGUGGCGCAGUGCGUGGGCGCCAUCUGCGGCGCCGCGCUGGUCAGGGCCGUGCACGGAGGCCACCACUACGCACUCUACGGCGGCGGCGCCAACGUGCUCGCGCCGGGGUACUCCAGGACAGCGGGGCUCAUCGCGGAGAUCGCCGGCACCUUCGUGCUCGUGUACACGGUGUUCUCGGCGACCGACCCGAAGCGCAUCGCCCGGGACCCGCACGUGCCAGUGUUGGCGCCGCUGCUCAUCGGGUUCGCCGUGCUCAUGGUGCACCUCGCCACCAUCCCCGUCACCGGCACCGGGAUCAACCCGGCCAGGAGCUUUGGCGCCGCCGUGGUGUACAACGGCGGGAAGGCUUGGGACGACCAGUGGAUCUUCUGGGUUGGCCCGUUCAUCGGCGCCGCCGUGGCCAUGGUGUACCACCAGUACGUCCUCAGAAACGGCGCCGUGUUCCGCUCCAACAAGGCUGCCGCCGUCUAGCUACACACCACUGUUGCCACAUCCAUCCAUCCUUUGAUGCGGUCAAUCUUUAUUUACUACUAGUUGAUGAGUUGAGAUCCACAUUACCGAUGGAUCCACCGUGUGGCUAUCAAAAUCAAUAGUUAAUUAG